AUGCAAAGCGACGAGCCGCUCCGACGGAGCAGAAAGACGAAGCCCGCGCAAACGUCGACGACGAGCGGCUCGUCCGCCAUUCGUGACCUGCUGCGGGAUUUCUUCGAGCAGCAGCAUCGCAUGGACGUGCAGCGUCAAGAGACGAUGGAGAGGCAGGCGCAGGAGCGGCUGCUCUCCGAGGACCAGUGGCGGCAGGCGAUGCAGAGGAUAGAGCGGGAGAGGCUGAUGCUGGAGCAGGUGUGGAUGGAGCGCGAGGAGCAGAGGAGGGCCAGGGACGAGGAGAGGGCCGAGAGAAGGGACGCACUCCUGACUACCUUGUUGACUAGGCUCUUACAAGAUCUUUAG